AUGCGUUUCUUAGCUGUAUUCGCCUUGUUGGCCUUUGUUGCCGUGGCCAUGGCCGUUCCUGUUGACAAUGUCGAACAACCACAAUCCUUGUACGAUGUCGAUGUUCAGGGUCAUGAAAAUACCGGUGAUCGUGAAGCUCGUCAAUUCGGCUAUGGUGGAUAUGGCGGUUAUGGUGGUUUCGGUGGAUACCGUGGCGGUUAUGGCGGAUAUGGUGGUUAUGGUGGAUACCGUGGCGGUUAUGGCGGAUAUGGUGGUUAUGGUGGUUAUGGUGGUUACCGUGGCGGUUAUGGUGGAUUCGGCGGCUACCGUGGUGGAUUCUAUGGCUAA